UGAACCGAGUUGUCGCAGAUACACAUUCGAACAUCACAAGUUGUACGGAAAAGGUUGUUGAUCCUGAAAUGCGUCCAAAUAAUCUGGAAGCAAAUCAAAGUGAUCCAGAAAAUGGAGUCAAUGCUAUGAAGAAUACAGCCCCAUCAGCACCGUCGGCUCCAACACCCAGUGGUUCAGGCAACUAUAAGUUAAAAUUGUUUCAAUUGACAAUGAACUUGGUGGCACACAUACUCAUUGGUGCCGUUGUGGGUAUAUCGAUGAUAUUCUCCUUCCAAUAUGGAUUGCCGAUGAACGCUACACUUCAGCAUAUCGUAUUGUGUGUUAUUGGUUAUCAGCUAUUAACGUCGCAAGCCAUUCUCAGUUUGUCGCCUAAUAAUGGCUGGUCUGGGCAUCUUAAACUAAUCCACAAAAGGCGCGCGCACUGGAUUCUGCAAACUGUAGGCUCUGGCUUGGCUAUUGCUGGCAACUUUAUUAAGAUCAUCGACAAAAGUGUGCAUUGGAACACACUACAUGGAAUAUUUGGUCUUGUAGCACUGAUCUUCACUAUAGUGAGCUUAGUCAACGGCGUCACAUCACUCUGGGCCUUCGAACUACGAAAAUACUUACCAAGCAAUCUAUCUAAGAUCUCGCACAUAUUAUUUGGUACGAUAGCCUUCGCCAGCUCUUCUCUGUCACUCUGUUAUGGAUUUGACAAGGGCAUGUUCAGAAAUUGGCUGUCAGAUGCAUUAGCACACACCCUCAUCGCGUUUACGGCAAUAUUUACUUUUAUAAUCAUUAUUGAUCCUUGUAUUUCAUUUUUCUCGAAGUCAUUAAGGGCUAUCAGAAGAUAAAUUGUUAAUUCUGGUUAAUUAUAUGUAUAGAUUAUUAUUUCUGUGAUAUUAAUGUUUUUUUUUAAAUGUAACAGAAUAAGAUGAUAAGAUUGUCCGCCCAAUAUUAGAUACCAUACCUUUGUGAGCAAAAACAAUAUUAAUAUCACCCAGAAAUAACACAAGCCUUGGUGAAGUACUAUUUUGGUCACUCUUAAAUAUUAGUUGUAAAGUUCCAUUAUGUCUAGUAGAACUUAUCUGGUGGACUUACAUCCUGUUACUUGGCAAUAAAAAGACAAAAUAAAGAGAUCAACACACACGAGUAUGCCAUACAUUACACAAUGUGUAGGUGCUUGUAAAUUACAUAUUAUAUUGGACAUCGUAAGCAUGAAAUAUUUGAAUAAAUUAAAUAUAUACAUU